AUGCCUGAAGUUCCGGAGACUAUGCAGGACAAUAUUGCCCACCUCGAGCAUGAGGCUCGAAACCCUCAUCGGAGCCAAUAUGCUCCUGUACAAUAUGAUCGGUCCCAUUUUCCCGAGAGAACUUCUUCUGCCGCUGUAGUCCAGGGACAGCCCAUUACUGCCGGCUACGAGGACGCUGCCCACUACGAGCAAUCCGCCGUUUACGAUACCAUGGAAUCGCCUAAUUUUUCGCCGUUCCCUGUCCUACGCAACCCCCCUCCAAAUGUGCCCCCCACCGAUGAGCAGAGAGAAGCCAGCUUGGAGAAGGCUCGGAUGGCAGUACUCUCCUCCAAUGACCCCGAAAUGCAAUUGGCUUGGGCCCAGGACGCCCUAGCUUACGUCGAAGUCGCCGUCCAGAAUGAAGCUCGUCUAUCCUUAAUCCAACCCCCGCGUCCCCAGACCCCGCAACACCAUCCCAAAGCUGAGUUCAUCAAGGGAAUGUGGUUGGAAUUCGGAAAAUUCGGAUAUCGCGUUGAUAAAAAGGAAGCAUUCAGAGCUUAUUCAAGAGCUGCGGAGAAAGGCUAUGCCAGGGCUGAGUAUCGCAUGGGGAUGCAGUUCGAGAGUUCUGGUGAACCCGAAAAAGCCAUCCGGCAUUACGAGAAAGGUGUUGCUCUUGCCGAUUCUGCUUCUUUUUACCGUCUGGGGAUGAUGAUCUUGCUGGGCCAGCACGGACAGCGUCAAGAUUAUCAAACGGGCCUUGAUUAUAUCCAGCUAGCUGCGCAAUCCUGCGACGAGAAUGCGCCUCAGGGUGCCUAUGUUUAUGGCAUGCUUCUGGCACGGGAGCUGCCCCAAGUGAGCGUCCCAGAGAAUUACCUCCCCCUUGAUGUCAAUGCCGCUCGCGUAAAUAUCGAGAAAGCUGCAUACCACGGAUUUGCUAAGGCCCAAGUCAAGAUGGGUGCCGCAUAUGAACUGUGUCAACUAGGUUGCGACUUUAACCCGGCGUUAUCCUUGCAUUACAACGCAUUGGCCUCCCGACAAGGAGAGCCAGAAGCGGAAAUGGCCAUCAGUAAAUGGUUCCUUUGUGGACAUGAGGGUGUCUUCGAGAAGAACGACGAGUUGGCGUUCACAUACGCUCAGCGUGCAGCUCAGAGCGGCUUCCCAACUGCGGAAUUUGCCCUGGGAUACUUCUAUGAAGUCGGUAUCUUCGUUCAGGUUGAUAUCAAGGAAGCCAGAAGCUGGUAUGCCAAGGCUGCGGCAAACGGAAACAAAGACGCUACCAGUCGAAUCGACAGUAUCUCACGUUCGAAAACGUUGUCCCGACGGGAUCAUGAGCAGGUUGCCAUCGCUCGGAUCAAGUCACGCUACGGCUCUCACCAGCGGAACGAGUCCAUGCAAUCAGCUUCAGAGAAUCUUGAAAUGCCUGAUCCUUCACGGAUGAGUCUUUCAGAUAACCCCCCGCCAAGUGCUCCGUACCCCGACCGGCCACCCUCCAGGGCUCGGCCAGUGUACCCGCCAGGCUACUCGGUGCCUGACCCACGGCCAAGCUCAGCAUUUGGCAUCAACCCUAACAUUCGCACCAGCGCUCCCAACUAUAACCGUGCGGCAUCUUAUGGGCCUGGGCCAAUGGGGUAUCGCUCUCCUGCCCCUGUGACACCCACCACCAGCGGUCCAGCAAGCCCCACGUCAGCAACACCUAAGCUAGAUAUUGGCUACUCUGCACCGAUUGAUUCUCCAAACUCAAGACGCCCACAACGCCUUGACAGCACACCGCCUGAUAGACGGCCCGUGAGGACGCCUGUUUCUGCUCAAGGCGGCCCAGUAGGCUCCCCGAAGCCAGUGGCCUCACCAUCUUCUGCAACGUUUCCCCAGCGCAGUGAAUCCAUGCCGCCUCCAAGUGCACCUGUAGCAUCCUCGGCAACACCAAAACCAUCAUCUGUGUCAGCCUCGGUCGGCCAGAAGCCUGCAGCACAGCCAGCCAAGUCUCAAGGUGGCCUACCAGGCAAAGGCCCAAAAACAUUUGAGGAGAUGGGAGUUCCGACUGCACAAAAGGACAAUGAUUGCGUAUGCUUUUCAUCCUUUCCGUUAGCUAUUUAUUAUGUUACGAAAACUGACUCCAUCAUAGAUCGUCAUGUGAUACCCAUGAGUCGUCGUAGACUCUACACCACCAUAGUUCACUUGUUUCUUAUCCGGAAAGUUGCGUACGGACAGGGAUGUCGUCCCUAUUCGGCCACAUAUGUCUCAGUGAAUUUGCACAACAAAGUCACCAAAAGGAGACAGGCAGUUUAUCAUGCUCUACAGAAGGGGACCGAUGAAAACACAUUGGAGGGAGUGGUGGCUCUGAAUGAUCACAUUCGCCAGCUGCAGGAACAGCUUGCUGACCUCAGAGGCUGUGCAAAAAGGGCGCGAGCUGAGCUCACAGCUCUACGUGCGAUACCCUUGGCUUUUGACCUCCAAGAGAGCAUCAGCCAACUUGAGGUGGAAAGGGAGACUACCCUCGCAAUUCUAACUCAAGCUCGGGGCACCAGCGUGGGACAGGGGGAUGAGGAAGACAGAACUGUCACCAAAAGAGCAAUGGAAUGCUGGCAGAAGCGUGUUAAUGCGCGGAGGCAGAUAUGUCGCGAUUUGUGGAGAAGAUGUCUAGAGAUGGUGGAUAAAGAUGUGACUCGAGAAGAGCUCUGGAUGAAGGGGCAAGCUAAAAUGUUGAGGGCCCUUCGCCAGCUCUCGUCAGUUUCCUUUCCAGUGUGCGGUGCUUACGUACCAUCUCAUACAGAUUUAUAUCGCUAA